AUUGUCCAUGAUUACAAUAAAACUGAAAGACACAAAUUUUAGGUUUCUUGCACACAAAGUGAUUAAUGGUUAUUUUUACAUUAACUCAGUUAAAAUGUGCCGCGUAUUAGUUGUUAUUACGUGUGUAUUAUAAGUUAAAUAAAGAAACUCCGUGUAAGUCUUUGGUCGACCACCAAGGAGCGGCGUCUGUUUGUGGCUCACACAUGUAAAGCUAGCCCGCUUGCUACCACUGUGUCAGUUGGGCGGCUUUUUGGAUUUAAUAUAGCCAUUUAUACACUGUAUUAAUCCAGAAGAAAAGUUAAGGUGUAUCCCUUUAUUCUGCUUGGUUUCUACCAAGGUGGAGGCUCCCCUCUCAUUUACUCCCAGCACCUACAUGAGUACUUUUUGAUCACAGAAUCAUGAAGGUGAUCAAACCCACACAGGCCAAAAGCCAGCCCAAAUCUCAGAAGUGGAAGGAUGUGAGAGGCAAACGCUCCAGGCCUCCCAUCAGUUCGUCAGACCUCAACUCCAGUCCCGUCAUGGCCAGAGUGAUCCAGGAGCACCAGGCAUCUGUGAAGAAGAAGCCCUCUGUUAAAAGAUUAAAGAAAAAGGCAAAGCCGGUCUCUGACACCAAGAAGACAACCACUCCUCAAUCUGGGUUGAAGAAGCCGUACACUCAAGCUAAUGGAAGCUCGGGUUUUACAAUGGACAAUGAGUCAGAUGACUCAGAGGAGUGGAGGGAAUAUUCCCAGUCUGUUAAACGAAACGGUGUGGAGAGCUCGAGGAUCACAGGAGAUGUACGACCAAGUAGACUGGAGAGGCAGGCUCUCCAUCAUUGUGCAGAGAGAGAUGAUCGGCAGAACCACGCUGUGCUCGUCAUGCAAGAGAAUCAGACACUCUGUUUCCGUGGGAAGUGCUUGUUGACAAGUCUGUAUGGUCGGGUGGAGGUGAUGGGGUUCACGAUUGAAGAAGGCCAGCAGUCGUAUCCACUUUUCUCUCCAGCUUCACACUGUCCAUUGACCAUUAGAGCAUUGGAAAGCUCUCAUCAGGCCAGAAAUGAAAGAACUGACGUUUCAGCAAUCCUAAGAAAGUAUCUGUCACCAGCCUCAUGCAAAAAGUUGCUGAAAAAGGUCAGAUCAAGCUCAUCCAUCAUUCUACUGGAGCCCAUGGAGACUCCUCUCACCCGAUUUCUGUCUAGCUUCACAGAUCUUACUGAACUCUUCAGUCCUCUUUUGAAUGAACUCAUGUCAGCUGUUCUUGACACGCCGCUCAAUGGUUUGGGCAUGAUUCCCCUGGUCAAGACCAUUGAAGGCCUGAAAAUGUCAGAGAGUUACAGAGAUGCUCUCAACACAGUAGUCAAUGCCUGCAACGGAGACUUUGAUGGCUGUGCAGUUGUCCUUGUCUGUGGAACCAAGAAUGUGGGAAAAUCAACAUUUAUCCGCUUCCUCAUAAACACCUUACUAAAUCAUACUACCAGUGUAGAUUAUUUGGAAGGAGACCUCGGUCAAACGGAGUUCACUCCUGCUGGUUGUCUGUCUCUGUCCACUGUGAGAGAACCACUGCUGGGUCCUCCUUUCACACAUCAGUCCACACCAGAACACAUGAUCUACUAUGGUCAGUCAUCAUGUGAGUGGGACUUAGACCGUUACCUAGAAUCCCUAAAGUCCUUGUGGCGAAGACGCUCCCAGAGCAGAGAGACUCCCGUCAUCAUCAACACCAUGGGCUGGGUCAAAGGAUUUGGCUUUCAGCUGCUGGUGGACAUGAUCCGCUUCUUUCCUGUCUCACACGUGGUCCAGCUCAGUCAUGGUGGAAUCACCCAGUGUCCCGCUCUAACUCCAGACUUUCUGAGGACGGCGCAUGGCUACCACACACAUCCACCUGCUCAGACGGCUCUGGACGAGUUAACAGAGAGCCACAGUCCCCCCAGGAGCUACACCCACUUAAAUGUACAAGCAGAGUUCCAGGGAGUGGGUCGCCAAGGAACCUCGAAACACCAGCGCAGUAAUGAGCACAGAGAGCUGUCGCUGCUGGCCUACCUGAGUCAGCUGCAGUCUGCAGACCCUGGACCAGUCAGACCUCUACACAGCCUCACCCCAUACCAGGUGCCCCACACAGCGGUGGCUUUAGGGGUGACCCAUUGUGAGAUUGCGCCCAGUCACAUGUUUUAUGCUGCCAAUGCCAGUCUGGUUGGACUCUGCUGCCUCGGAGAAAAGAUUACAAGCAGGGGAGGCCCAGUUGUGCUUUCCCAGGCACCCAUCUGCCCAUGUGUGGGCUUUGGUGUUCUUCGAGGUAUUGACAUGGAGCGAGGUCUGUACUAUUUGCUGACGCCUGUUGACCCAUCAAUCCUCCGUAAGGUCAACUGUCUCCUUCUGGGGGCGCUAUCACUGCCUUCCUGCAUCCUCACAACACAGCCUGGCUUUGAAGGAGAAACACCCUACGUCACAACAGAUUACAGUUUUGAUCUCACCGGUGCUGGAAAGCUACGAGUCUUCAAAGGAAUGACGAGACCCAGUCAAGCAGGGAUAUAAUGACAUUUUCUACUCAGCACUGGUUUGUGGCCCUUUUUCACUGGUGUCUCAUGCCCCAACCAGGCAGCAUUGGCUGUUUGAUGAACACAGCUGAGGCUGAACUGGACUAUUUUUCAUUUCAAGAAUCAGUCUGACAGGAUCACAGACUCUUUAGGAGGAGCUGACUGACUUCUUGUUCCUGGACUUCCUUUCUGAAUUUACUCAACAUGUCUCGAAACAUCUGUACAGUUGAUGGCCUCGUGAAGAAAUCUUGACUUUGUGUUUUCUGUCAUAUGGACAAUAAUAUCACACUUUGUAGUUAAAGCUCUUGUUUCGUGUCUCUUUUUUUAGGUGCCAUUCCAAACUGCAAAAAAUAAAAACAACCAGAUAUUGAAAAGAAA